AUGUCAUUCGCGCGCCUCAGCAAGUCGCUCCUCCGCCUCCGCGCGCUACCCACUCCCGUACCACGAGUCCGAGUCGCCCCCCGGAUUGCCCCCGCGCCGUUAAGGAACUUCACAGUCUCCGCAGUGCGCGCUCACAAUGAGCUCACCCCGCCAGCUCCCGGAGAGGAACUCAACAUAACCUUCCUCGACAAGGACGGCACCUCGCACACCUUCCAGGUCGCCACGGGCGACAACCUGCUAGACAUUGCACAGGCGAACGAUUUGGAGAUGGAGGGUGCCUGCGGCGGAUCGGCCGCCUGCUCAACGUGCCACAUCAUCGUUGAGGGCGACGAGAUGUACGAUCGAAUUCCGGAACCGAGCGAUGACGAGAACGAUAUGCUGGACCUCGCAUUUGGGUUGACGGAGACGUCACGUCUCGGGUGUCAGGUGCUUAUGAGCAAAGACCUGGAUGGACUGACCGUACGGCUGCCGAGCAUGACCAGAAAUCUGCAGAGCAGCGAUUUCUCAAAGAAGUAG